AUGAACGUACGGCGUGGCAAGACCGCGUUUCACCUACUAUCAUCAGAUAAUCCAAACGCUUCCUGGUUAGCAUACCACACAGCUCUACUCUUCACUUUGGCAGCAUUUUCUGACUACCAAGGAUCGACUGCCGCUGAGUUUACCUGUAGUCAUAACCUGUGCAGAUGCAACAGUCCAUUCCUUUUCAUGAAUGACACUUUUUCCCAACCACCUACCAAUCAUAUUAACCAGUCGGCAGCUCUGGCUGCACUUCGCAGCCUCCAUUGUCUGUCCACCCGCAUUGUUGGCGGAGAUGUGGCACAGUUUGCGAAACCAUCGCUCAAUAAUUUAGCUCGUCUGCAUGCUCUGAAUGACGAACAAGUGAGAUGGGUGCGUGAUUGGCAUCAACGGUAUUUGGAAAGUGCUACAACUGUAGAGAUAACCUGUAAAUAUGUUUUUUUAAAGCUUGGUCUCACAACCCUUCACCGUUCCGUGGCAAGUGCUCAGCUAGCUAUAGUUGAGUGGUUAGUGGCUGUUCUUCCAGAACUCCUAUUGGUACCAGAUUUGGCUUUAACCGGCUUUGUUGAUGUUUGA